UGAAUGGUAGCAGAGCAACACGCCCCUUUUUGUAUGCUGUCUUACCUGCACCUGCUGCUGGACUGUUUCUUCUCUUCGGUUUAGCAACUCUAAACUUCUGACCUAUAUUGUGGAUUAUUAUAUUAUCAGCUGGAUCGAACAAGAGGACAUUUAGAAAGAUCUGAACAAAUGGCUUUUAAAGGAAGAUCUACACGUUUUUGAACCACAUGAGGCACACUAACGUAAGGAUUUUGGAGGUCAGGGCCAUCUGACAGAGUCUGUGGCAAAACGGGAGGCAGGAAUCCAAGAGACCAACCACUGGAAUCCAUAGAAGAAAAAAAGAAUCUUCAGAGUCCAAAAGAAAACACAGUAUCCCAACAAAUGAACUGCCAAGUGUGAGUGUAAGCAGAUAUAAACAUUUUUGAGUGCUAAGGCCACAAGGGGAGUUGCCUUUUUCUUCUGAGAGCUCUGAGGGUGUUUUGUUUAUGGCUUAACCUUCUCUGCUGGACAUCUGCUGAGAACUGGAGGCUAACAAACUGCUCAACUACAACUACACCUGCAAAUAUUUUGAUUCCUUCUUUUUAUGGAUUUCUUCAAAGGUUUGCCACGUCGACAUUGGAUGGAAACCCUAGAAUUUACUGUGUGGUGUGAAUUACACAGUUGACAACCUACUCACGGCUUACAUUUGGAAUGGAUAUACUUGAUCACGUACGUUGCAAAAGAAUGAAACAUGAGCAUCUCUAAGAAAAGACUAUUUUGGGAAUUUACUUGCCUGCUGAUUACACUGUAAUCUAUGGACUGAGCCUUACUCUAAGAAAAUGGACAUGUCUGGAGCUGGGAAUGGAGAAAUAUCCAACAACUCUGAAGAACAAGGCCAGGGUAAGUCACCUGUAGCUCCAAUGCACUCUACUGCUGCUAGGUUCCAAAUUCGCUCCGCCAAAGAGCGGCAGAGGAUAUCCUCCAUUGAACCCACCAAGGGCUUGAAAACAAUACACAGUAGAUUUGACAGUGGAACUGGUGAAAAUGUGAGAAGAUUAAGCAGCAUUGACACUGGAAAGGAGGUGCUUAGAGUUCGUGCAAAUUCACCACAAACUCCUGAAUCUGAUGUACCAGACAGAAGAACACCUAGACCUCUCAGUCAGGUCAGCAUGGCAAAGAACACAGAAUUGCUGUCUGGCUCAGAGACAAGCGAUGCCACUCAAGAGAAGAAGCCAGAUAGUGUUGGCAACAUGACCACAAAAACAAGGGGAAGAACAGAAUGGAGAAGACCAAAUCUAUCAAACAGAAGCAAAAGUUUAGACUGGAGAGGAAUUGAGAGAGAAAAGGAGAACCAGACAGUGGCAAUUAUCGACUCUACUGACUUUAAAAUUCUCAGACGUUCUGAGAGUUUACAGGAGAAUGGGCCAGGAAGUAGCCCAAAGCCAAAUGAACCUGCCAGCCCGACUAAUAGCGUAUCACUAAGAAUACAAGCAUACAACGCGAUUGGUCAAGGAAAGCAGAGUAGCAGCAGUGCUACUCUUUCCCCAGUGUUCUCUGGAUCUUCCUCCGUUAGAUUUAGUCGGGUAGCUCUCGCUCUUGACCGGGCAAGUAGUGGCCAGUCUCUUCCAUCUAGACUGAAACGAAAUGAAAGCCAGGACAGCACAGAGGGUCUGAAAAGUCCAUGGUGGCUUUCUGAACAGGGCAGUCCCAAGUCAAGUCAGGCAGAGGCCCAACUGUUUUCUCAGGUAAAUGAAUCAAAAGUCACAGAAAUAACUGGAAACAAAACUAUAAUGGACAGAAUUGGGAAGCUCUAUGGCUUUAAUGCAUCUGAAGAGAAUACUGAUGCAAACUCGAGAGAUAACAUCCGUGCAAAACGAUACUCUGCUCCAGUUGGUGACUGGCUUUAUAAUUCAGAUGCUGUCGAUUCAAAUUUAAGUCACUGGAGCCCAAAAAAGGAUGGAUCUGAUUUUACUUCUACUCCAGACAUCAGUUCAUCAGUUUUACCCAACAAAAAUAAUGUGAGAAAAGAUACAACAUCUCCAGUAUCUAUGUGGUCUAGGGAAAAACCCCUUGAAAAAGAUUCAACUGGUUUGAUGGCUAAAAGUGGAUGCAAUGUGAAAACCCAACUUGGAGAACCUGUGGCGAGACUGGAAACGUAUUCCUUAGAUAGAGCAAGGAGCAGAAAUAGUCCAGCUGCGCUUUCCAGAGCUCUUAGGACUCAGGAGUCUUCAGGUUCAUCUUCUGGCUCAAGCACACCUGAGAAAACUAUGCAGCUGAUUAGGCAAGAAAGCAUCAUGAAAGAAGUGGAGAAAGACAGGCAGGUCAACCGAACAACUGAUAAUUCAACCCCUGUCAGAGUCCCGGAGACAAGUCCAAGAAAACAGGUCAAUGACUCACCAGGAAUUUAUUCACUGGGUAAAGAAGCGACUGGACAACCCAAAUCUCAUUUUUCCCGAAGUGUGACAGUAGACAGUGACAGAUAUAAAGGAAAUGAAGAUGUGUUCGAGCUUGGCUCAUCAACACUUCCAAGAAUGAAGAGGCUGAGCUUCCAAGAGAAAGGCCAAGUGCAAUCUUUGGAUUUGGUGCGAAAUGCAAUUCACAAAUUUGAGACUCUUGCCCACCAAAACCAGAGCCCAUCCCAGACUAUUCGCACCAGAAGAACUUUUUCUGUCCCAGAAAAGACUAACCUAGUUUUUGGAGUGAGUAAGAGCAAUUCAGAUAAAUCUCUGAACGAAUGGAGGGGUGUCUGGAACACAAAAAACUCCUUUAGUAAGAGUAAUGCUAAAGAAGAUAUUUCCCGGAGUUCUCCUGAUCAAAAACAACUGGACAAGUCUGCUCCUGUCCAGAGUAAAGAGCUCAACAUUACUCUUUACAAUAUUAAGGACAAUAUCAAAACUUCUGUAAUAAACAGGCCAGUGGACGCAAAAGAUCACUCCAAAGAUAGCCCUACAAAUAUAAAAAACAUUGAAUUAACUGCAGAAACUGCUAGACCUCAUCUCAGUGUUGCACUCCCCCAAAACACAAACAUUAAGUCCAAUCCAAGCACAGAUGUAUCCCAUCCUAAACCUAAAGACUCUGUCAGGUCACAAAGCCAAAGAGCCAAUUUAUCAGAUGCCAAAGAUGAAGCCAACCUCCAAAUCCAAGAAUUUCCUCAAGGUAAUUCAACCACUAAAAGUGUUAAAGAGACCACCCCAGUGUUUCCAGAUUCAGUUCCAUCCUUUUCUUCAAUAAAGGACUCAAAGACUUCCUCAACGGCCAACAGUACUCAUCCCAAAUUACCAUCAAUUCCUUUGGUUGACUCUACUGUAACAACACCUGCCCCUUCCACUCUGAGGGAUCUCAACAAUAUUUGUGGGACAAGAGAUGAAAAAGUAGCUGCAAAGGUUUCUAGGUGGAUCGCUAACAAAGGAGAUGGUGUUCAUGCUACUGUUUAUGACAGUGACGAUGAUGAUGAACUUGAUGACGAAGAAGACACAGAGGGAACAGAAAGAGGAGACGAAUCUGACUCAGGGGAAUCAUCAGUAACCAUCACAAGCAACACAAGCCAGUCAGACCACAGAAGUUUUUCAUUAAGCUUUGUAGACCUGUGUAAUCUGGGGGGAAUGGACUACCCUGCUUCACAUGGGAAAGGCUCGAUAGACGAGGAGAAGUGGAUGUCUAAGAGAUCCGCCUCUCUGAGCUCAGACAUCUCAGUCCUGUCCAGCGUGACGCUGCUGGCUACAGAGGAGCUGGACUGUCUGCUGGAUGAUGUCAGGGGACUGGGAGACGAUGCUUUAGAGAACUGUGAGGAUGUUCAGGUGGUCGUACUGCAUAAGGAAGUGGGGAGGGGACUCGGCUUCACCGUAGCAGGAGGAGUGGAUCAGAAUAAACCUGUUACAGUCCACAGGGUGUUUCCCUAUGGUGCAGCCGGCCAGGAGGGCUCUAUCCAAGAAGGCGACCAGGUGCUGUCAAUCAAUGGCACUUCUUUACAGAACUCCGCCCACUGGGAGGCCCUGCGCACUCUGAGAAAGGCAAGGUUGCGUGGAAUGGCAGUGGUGGUGCUCAGGCCAGGUAACACCACUGAAAACCAGUUCAGCACUAAAGGCAGCCCGCAGAAGACUGUAGGAAACUCUGCAGGCAGCAAAAUACGUGUGACUUUGACUAAGUCUAGGUAUGACCUGGGCUUCAGUCUUGAAGGAGGAGUGGGCUCCAGCCUGGGGGAUAAACCCCUUACUGUACAGAGGAUUUUUCAGGGUGGCCCUGUUGGGAAGGUACUUCCAGGAGAUGAACUAGUGGAAAUUCAGGGUCAGACUUUGGGUGGUCUAAGACGUCUGGAGGCCUGGAACUUGAUUAAAAGACUGCCCCCUGGCCCUGUGGAGGUGUUACUGCAUCGCCCUCAUCAGCCAUAUUGAGGACUGGAUUGACUGGGCAAUUUUGUUUUUCAAAACAAGGUUGAUGGGCUUCACCAGCUAUGUUAUAUUUUCAGUGUUAUUUAUUAUUUUAUGAUUGUUUAACAGUGUGGAAGAACCCGUCUCAGAUUUCAGCAGACAUUAUAAGAGACUUAAAUUAGAAAACUGAGAGGGAAGGAAUGCAAGAAUACAAUAACCAACUUCACCAGCAGCUUUACCACCAAGUAAAAGUUUUUUUUUUUUUUUUUUACACAGAGACAAAUUUUUCUUUUAUUUCCUAUUUCUUUAUUCAGCUUCAACACAUCUGACCAUCAGCAGGCCCUGGAGGAAACUAUACAAUGCCACCAUGUGGACAAAAAUAUAUUUUUGUCUAUUAUGCUUUCUACUGAAAUACUUAAAGGAUUCUUUUUUUUUUUUACAUUAUCCAACUACAAGCCAUCAUAUGUAUCUGCCGCAUGAUGUUGGUUUUCUGGACAGAAGAACAUGUUGUAGCUAAGAAGCAAGACCAAGUCAAGACUGUGACAGGACUGAGAUCAGAUGUAUCUAGCUAAUAUAAAUCUAUAAAUUAGCUAAUCAAUGCUGUUUAGUUGCAUUCUGUCUUUUAAAAAGUGCUAAAUAUAUCCAUCUGUCCCUUCAGAUCUUAAUAUUAUGCUUGACACACAAAAAAUGUGUUUCCAAUUAAUUAUGUCCAUUUUAAUACAAUAUAAAGAACAUCCAACAGAUCACAUUGUCAAAAUUUAAAAACAACAAAAAUAUAUGAGAGAUAUGAGAUAAAAGGUUUUUGUGACAAUAUGUAAUUGAGCAGAUAGUGUAGUGAUACUGUAAUGAGUGCCGCAUGUACCAACACCCUUAGCCCAAGUCAAAUGUGGCAUAACUCUGGCUGCUGAGUAUAAUACAACAAUCUGCCCAAGCCUCUUGUGCCAACACUAUGGUUGCUGAGUAAAAUAUAAGAAUCAACCCAAGCUGUUUCUGCCAGCAAUUUUGUUACUGAUUAUAAUAUGAAAAUUGGCCCAAAGCAUUUGUGCCAACACCCCGGUUAGCAAGUAUAAUAUGGGAAUUGGCCCAUGUUGCAUGUGUAACACUAUGGUUGGUGGGUAUAAUAAUAAAAUUGGCACAAAAUCCAAAUGCCGAGUAUAAACCACAUUUCGGCCCAAUACCACAUGGCCAGAUUCGUUAUGCUAUCUGAGAACUCUUCUACAAAUAAAAACAUCCAAAAGGUUUUUUACAUUACAUUACAUUACAUUACAUUUGGCAGACGCUUUUGUCCAAAGCGACUUACAGGAGGUUUACAAAAGGUUUGCCUCCAACACCAACCAUAUAUAAAUAAUUUUGCCAAAAGGUUUGCCAAAAGUGCAGGUUUACAACUUAUCCCAGAGAAACAUUUAGCUGUGAGAGAUUGUAGAAAAGCAAGGACAGCACAUCAUCUUCCUCUGCUGGCUAGUUGCAGUAUGAAGCAUUUUGUCAAUAUUUACAUUAAUCAGAUAAGAUGUCACAUUAAUAGAGCAUAUUAGGUUAUUGUGAAUCUGACUUAAGUCAAAUUACUAUUAAAGCUAAAAAACGAUUAAGACUUGAGUUCUCCUACCCUAGUCCUGAACUAUACAACAUGCUGAGUGGGAAAUGUAAUCUAGGACUAGGCCUAAUCACUGUCCAGGAAACCGACCCUUACCCUCCUCAUUUAUGGAGCUACAGUACAUUGCUAUCAGGUAAAGAUGGAGCAGAGAUACUUUCCCUUAUAACAUAUUUAAAAUAGAACUGUUGUACAGAAUAGUCGUCAGGGAAACCAAAAGCACUGGAAGUUUAAAAUAAGAGGAAACGCAUAUAUUGUCUCUGUGGAGAUUGACUAUUUUAUCAGCUGUAUUUUAACAUCUUUUUAUUGCUAUUAUCAUAAUAGAAUUUAACCAGUGUGAGUUUGUUCAUUGUUUGUAUUUUAUUAUAAUGUAGAAUAUAUGUAUAUUUGAUUUAAAAUAAUACAGAUCCAUCCUA